AUGUUGCCGCCUCGGUUCAGCCUUGGUUUAGUGGUGGUACUGGUGUCCAUUUUUCAAGUGUGUGCGGGCUAUAAUUCUGCUGGUUCACUGCGCUGGGAACAUCACCGUCGAUUUUUUGAUGACGACAGGUUCUACAACCCCCCUAACGGAUGGGAGAAUGCUAAGCCAGGUGAGAUCCUGUCCAGGCGUAAAGUAGAUGUGGCGCCUGUUGGUCUCUUUAAGCUCGGAGUGACUGCCUAUCAACUUUUGUAUCGUACAACAGGGCUUCAUGAUGGCGAUGCAACCACAUCGGUGACCACGGUACUGAUCCCCGACAAUCACGACCGUGACAAGCUUAUUUCUGCGUCUGUAUAUGAGGACUCCAUUUCUCCAUUGUGUGCCCCGAGUCGAAGGUUCAAGCUCGGUAACAAUGUCGUAAAAAAUUUGGCCAUCUCUUACCAAUCUCUGUUUAUCACGUCCUUGUUGCAUGAAGGCUGGAUUGUGACUGUGCCUGAUCAUGAGGGCCCUGAGAGCGCUUUCACCGCUGGUCCACUAGAAGGUCAUAUUAUCCUUGAUGCUGUUCGUGCUACGCUCAGUUUUGACCGGGCAAAUUUGCACAGCGAUGCCAAGGUGAUUGGAUACGGCUACUCAGGCGGUGCCCUCGCCAAUGGAUGGGCUGCCAGCUUGCAAGAUAGCUAUGCGUCCGAAUUGAAUGUCGUGGGGUGGUCUUUGGGCGGCACUAUCACGAAUUUAUUCACUUGGCUUCGUUAUAUCGACGGCACGUCUGGUGCCGGCUUUGCCUUUGGAAGUGUUAUGGGUAUUUCGGCCGUGGACAAUGAUUUCAAAUGGAUACGGCGCGGACUCACAAGUAGGGGUCAGGCUGCAUAUGACGUCGCUCGACAUGCGUGCAUGUAUGAGAAUCUCGUUCCCCUUCUUUAUCAGGAAACCAUUUCAGACAACUUUUUCCGGGGCGGUUCUUCGUUCUUUGUUGAUUCAAACGUGAGGGAAGCAUUUGGCAAGUAUCAUCUGGGAGGCGACAAUGUUCCUACACCCAAGGCCCCUGUGUUUAUGUUCCAUGCAAUAGCUGAUGCCGUCGUGCCCUAUGGCGAUGCAUACCAGACGGCCCAGACAUGGUGCCGAAACGGUGCCAAGGUCAAAUUUGUAACCAAUGUCGGCGCGGAGAUGGGGCACACUUCGACAGAAAUUACCAAUUUGCCCUCGGUCCUAUGGUUCAUGCGUGAUCGGUUCAGGGGCAAGAAUUGGUACAAUGAAUGUCAAUUUACCCAGACGCUCGACCCUUGGUUCAAUAUUGUCAAUGCAGCCACGUCUCUGGGCAAGUUUUGGCAGCAAAUGCUCGACUUGCUUGGUGGUCGUAUCGGCAAGGCUGAUUCACUGCUGCUGUCUAAGCUUAAGAAGCAUCAGAUUCCCUAA